UCCCUGGCUGCUCUCAAGACAUUGCUCUCAUCCGGAAAAACCUUUCUACCAGAGCCUCCGGCUUCAGUGACUGUCACUGUCUAUGUGUGUGUCUGCAUCUGACUGUGAGAACUUUCCCUUUGUUUCCUCUAGCUGACUUGUUUUCUUUUUCUCCUCCAGCGUUCCUUCCUCAUCAUCAUUUCUCACAUUCCAGUCGCCCCUUCUUUAAUUUUUUUCUUUCCCUUUUUUUUUUCUUUUUUCUUUUUUUAGCCACUUUUUAUUCACUGGUAGGUAAUACCAUUCUAAGCGCAGAAUUCUGGAAGUAGGUAUAAUCUAGCUGCGGACGCCAUUGUAUGGGACACUAUAGUAACAGCAGAGACCGAUAUGUAGGUAAAGAGAUUUUUGGAGCAUCAGUCCAGCAAGUAUACGCAGCAAAUUAGGUGACUCAGUCGAAGAGCCGCCACUAACUUUACGCACAAGUACACAUAGCAGCACAGCUUUAAUAGGACAGUCACACCGAGUAGAAGCAACAAACAUAGUUAAAUUCUUUUGCCGUGAAAAGUGUCCCAUAUAGGAUGAGGUAACGGGCAAUGACGACCAGUGACGGAGAGGUGUCGAACAAACAAAACUAAAUACACAAGGACAAUCGGACAACACACACAGGGCAAGUUUUUUUCUUAACCUAAUCAUGGCAUGUUCCUAUCUCGCCUUCUCUAUCCUCAUCCUCUGGUUGGGAACGUUUUUCUGUUACUUUUCUUUGGCUGCUUCGCGUGAGCGCUUCAAGGUGGUAUUUGCCCCGGUGGUGUGCAAAAGGACAUGUCACAAAGGCUACUGUCAUGACGUCUGCAAACCGGGGAGCAACAUGACGCUGAUAGCCGAGAAUGGAGGUUCCACCGACACGCUUACGGGGUCCGGAUUUAGAGUGGUGGUCUGCCCCAUGCCAUGCAUGAAUGGUGGCCAGUGCUCCUCCAACAAUCACUGUCUAUGCCCUCCAGAAUUUACCGGGAGAUUUUGUCAGUUCCCUGCUGUUGCCGGAGGGGGUGUGGGGCGAAGUCCAAGUGAAGGGAGUGAAGGAGAAGGACUGGAGACCUCAGGGAAGCACGCAGUCUACGCUGUGCAAGUCAUUACAGGAGAAGAUGAUCCUGAAGGCAAAGGGGUGAAGAUUAGCCAGUCUGCUCUUACUGUACCACUGGGGCCUGGACACAGCUCUUCGGAAGUUCAGGUUCUUCCACCGCUUUUAAAUGUCCGAGUUCAUCACCCACCCAACGCAUCCAUCCAAGUUCAUCGUAUCGAAGGCCUUGGAGCUGAAGGAACAGCAGGAGGUGGUGGCCAACACUUACUCCCUCACCCUGAAGUAAAUAAGGCAAUAUCCCGUCCUGUCACCUACAAACCCCUUGGUAGAUGUUUUCAAGACACCCUUCCCAAACAAGCUUGUGGUUCUAACCCUCUGCCUGGACUGACCAAGGAAGAGGAUUGUUGUGGCAGUGUGGGGACAUCUUGGGGAAACCACAAAUGUAACAAGUGUCCUCAGUUACCCUAUUCCGGCACACAGAAAACUGCACCAUUCCGAGGAGAGCUUGGUUCAGACUGCCCACAGGGUUAUAAAAGACUUAACAGCUCUCACUGCCAGGAUAUAAAUGAGUGCACUAUGCAAGGAGUAUGCCAAAAUGGUGAAUGCCUUAAUACGCACGGAAGCUUCAGAUGUGCCUGCAAACAUGGAUAUGUCUUCAUCUCUUCUCAAAUGCGCUGCACACAGGAAAAGUCUGAUGUGAAAAGCCUGUGCUACAGACUUAUAGGCCAAGAAGGACAAUGCCAGCACCCUAUUUCUAUUCGGAUGACUCAACAACUAUGCUGCUGUAGUGUUGGAAAGGCAUGGGGUCCUCAAUGUGAAGCAUGUCCUGCUGAAGGAACAGCCUCUUUUGCAGAGAUAUGUCCAGCUGGGAAAGGUUAUCACAUCUUCAGUACUCAUCAUACCUUUAUGAUUCAGGGUCAAAGUGAAAUCACUCUGCAUCUGCAGCCAGAUUUAGGGGAUCAGCAAGUUCCUCCGAGAAUGCCAGAUGUGGCUCCUAUUCCAAUCAUCCCGGAAUUGCCUCCACCUCAAAAGUUACCAGAACUGGAAUCUAAUGAAGGUCAACGUGAAGUAACUGCAUCUAUGCUUCCAGUAUUUAGCACAAACCCAGAAGAAACUAUGUCUUUGCCAUCCAUUAUUCCACCAAAGACUGCUCUUGUUUUGGAACCCACAACUGUGGCUGUGCGAAAGAUACCUGCGGAGGAUGACACCCGAAGAAGUGCUGCUGAGAUUGCUCCCACACAAUUAACAGAAACCGAUGAAUGUAAAAUGAUCAGAAACCUGUGUGGACACGGAGAAUGCAUCUCAACCCCUACAGGGUUCUACUGCAUUUGUAACCCUGGUUACUAUCAAGAUCCUGAGAAGAGGGUUUGUGUAGACAUUGAUGAAUGUAAGAGCGAACCCUGUGGUCACGGAAAGGGCUUGUGUCUAAAUACGGGGGGUUCAUUCAACUGCCACUGCCAUCAUGGGUACAGGCUAAAUGUAUCACAUGGACAGAGAUCUUGUGUGGAUGUUGAUGAGUGUUCACGCUCCGGGAUGUGCGGCGAUUCUCGCAGUUGUAUAAAUUUUCCGGGAUACUACAAAUGUGAAUGUCAGACUGGAUACAAAAUAAAGAACAGAAGACCAUUAUUAUGUGAAGACAUCAACGAGUGUAUAACACAACAGCAAUGUGUUGGAGGACAAUGUAAAAACACUCAAGGCUCCUUCCGAUGUGUCUGUCCUGAAGGCUACAGAAUAUUUACCCAAGGAAUCCAACAAAUAUGUCAAGAUAUAGACGAGUGUUCUCUCUUCCCGCAAAUCUGCUCCCCUCAUGGCAGGUGUGAGAAUUUGGAUGGGUCAUACAUGUGCAUCUGUGACACUGGUUAUGCACCUAGUGAAGACCAGAAGAGUUGUGAAGAGGUUACUCGUGGUUUAGUUGUUAAAGACUGUUUCUUAAGCCUGGAUGACUCUCUGUUCUGCGACAGUGUUCUUGCUGUGAAUGUAACACGGGAGCAGUGUUGUUGUUCCUUGGGUGCAGGAUGGGGCGACCACUGUGAGAUCUACCCCUGUCCCGUGCACAGCUCAGCUGAGUUUCUAUCACUUUGUCCAGAUGGGAUCGGCUUCAUUGUUGACCUUAAUAUUAUGAGUUAUGGUAUUCCCACAUACAGAGAUAUCGAUGAAUGUGAGCUAUUUGGCCAAGAAAUUUGCAAGGAAGGAAAGUGUGUGAAUACACAGCCGAGCUAUGAAUGUUACUGUAAACAUGGGUACUACUAUGAUACCAGAUUACUACAAUGCAUGGAUGUUGACGAGUGUGUCGAUGAGUCAAACUGCAUAAAUGGCCAGUGCAUUAACACACGAGGCUCUUUCUACUGCCGCUGCCCUCUUCAUAUGCAGUACCAUGCUGAACACAAGCGCUGCAUGCCCAACCCAGAACUAGAUCGCACAGAGGCUCUAGACAUUUGCUGGAUGAUAAGAGGUACAGAAGGAAUUUGCUCUCAUCAAAUGAACGGCCCUCCAUUAUCACUGAAUGAAUGCUGCUGUCGACAAGGUCAAGGUUGGGGUCCUAGGUGCCUCUCCUGCCCACCAAGGCAUGCAAUGGCCUGCUCAGUCUCUCACAGUGGGGCAAAUUCAUUCUGGGAGUUUAGUGCACAUCACGUGAAAAGAAAAUCACGCAGAGAUGGUGAUAGCUCAGAGGAGGUGUCCGAGGAGUGUCAUUGUGUGAAUGGCCGGUGUGUAAAAGGUCCUCACGGGGUCUCAUGUGAGUGCCAAAGUGGCUUCCAGCUGGACAUCACAAGAACACGCUGCAAUGAUCUGGAUGAAUGUAGACAGAAAAAUCCAAGAGGAGCUCUCUGCAAAAACAGCCGUUGUAUAAACACAAUGGGGUCAUUCCGAUGCGUGUGUAAAGCAGGUUACAAGCGAUAUCGUCAUCCUCACAUAUGUGAGCCACAGAGGAAAAGAUAGCAUGGUUGUUAUAGUCACUACAUCAUUGCCAGUAUGUAACCAGUCUGUACUGAUAGGCCACAAAAAAGACUAAUGAAAACUUCAUCAUGGAAAGUGGUAAUUGUCUUAAAAGGGGUUAUCCCAUGAAGAAAAUGUAUUACCUAACCACAGGGUAAGUGAUAUAUGUCUGGUAUAUGUUCACGAAUAUUUAUGGAACAGAAGGGUACAUGAGUGCCCACUCAUCCAUUCAAUGUUGUGCAGUGUGAAGGAACCAGGACCCCCAUUCUAGUGCUCAAUGGGGUUCUCAGAGAUCAGACAUUUAACUUCUAUCUUGCAGAUUGGUGAUAAAUGUCCUUUAUGGGAUAACACCUCUAAAAUAUUUAGGAAUAUGUUCUUUGUGGUAAAUGAUUGUCAAACAGUCAGAUAACUUAACAGACUUAAAGGAGAUAUCCAGUGGUAAACCCAGUGGUGAA